AUGGGGCUGCCACUCUCAAGUGCUGUGCAAUGGUGGGGUGAGUGGCAGCUACAAGUCCUCGCUCUUAGUAGCCUUGGUAUCCAGUAUGUCCUCGCUAUUUUUGCCGGCUUCCGCAAGUCCGGUGCCCCACCAUGGGUCAGAUUUGUCACCUGGCUCGCGUUCCUCGGAAGCGAUGCCGUGGCGAUAUUUGCCCUAGCCACGCUCUUCAACCGGCAAAGAUACCAGCAGUUGCACAACUCGUCCCACAAAAGCCAUGGUCUACAGGUGCUUUGGGCACCUAUCUUGCUGAUGCACCUUGGCGGACAAGUUGUCAUAACUGCCUAUAAUAUCGAAGAUAACGAGCUAUGGAGGCGGCACAUUGUUACCGCGCUAUCUCAGGUUAGGGUAGUUUGUUAA